AUGCAUUUUUCUAGUACUGUUCUGGCUCUCGCAGCCACUUUCACGGCCGCCAAUGCCGCGCAGAAGGGCUACAAGGGUUUUAAUACCGGCAGCACUUUCAGCACUGGCGCGAACAAGCAGCAGGUCGACUUCGCCUACGAGAUGAAGGCCGCCCAGGAGCUGCCCAACACCGACGGUGCCUGGACCAGCGUGCGCUUGUACACCAUGAUCCAGGGCGGCACAACGGACACACCCAUUUCCGCCAUCCCCGCCGCCAUCGAGACGAACUCCACGCUCCUCCUCGGCCUCUGGGCAUCCGAGACCUCCGAUGUCUUCCAGAACGAGAUCAACGCCUUGAAGAACGCGAUUACCCAGUACGGCACCGCCUUCACCGACAUCGUGACCGGCAUCUCCGUCGGCAGCGAGGACCUGUACCGCGCUUCUAUCAACGGCGUCGGCGCCACCCCCGACCAGGUCGUCGACUACAUCUCCCAGACCCGCGCCGCUAUCAAGGGCACCUCCCUCGAGGGCAAGCCCGUCGGCCACGUAGACACCUGGGACGCCUUCACCGCCGCCGCAAACACCGCCGUCAUCUCCGCCAUCGAUUUCCUCGGCAUGGACGCCUACCCUUACUACCAGCCCUCCUCCCCCGGCGGAAACGCGAUCGGCAACGCAAACACUACCUUCUGGAAGGCGUACACCGACACCGUUGGCGCCGCGCAGGGUAAGCCCGUCUGGAUUACCGAGACGGGCUGGCCGAUUGUGGGCGACACCGAUGGCGCGGCUGUUCCUGGCGCGGAUAAUGCGCGCACGUACUGGCAGGAGACCAUCUGCCAUGCGUUGGCUAACGAUAUCAACAUGUACUACUUCCAGCUGCAGAGCUCGCAGGGUCAGGUCGUCAACCCUGACUGGGGUAUCAAGCCGGCUGGUGACAUCGUCAACGAGCCUGCUAGGUUCGAGUUGACGUGCUAG